UUUAUUUUCUGCAAUUAUUUUCUUUACACUCAUUCCUAACGAUCUUUCAUUAUAAGAUACAAAGUAAAGCAAGUCAAAUUGUCAAAGGGACAACAAUUAUGAUUUUGCUUUAAAGAAACUUUUGGUAAACGAAAGGAAGGACAGCCAACUUGAAUAGAUAAGGAAAAAGCUUUAUCACCAUUCGCCCAAUAGCAAGGUUCCACGUUGCGCGAUAGCUCAAAUAUUCCUUAUCCUCAAUUCAUUAUAACCAUUUGAAACAAAGGACUCUAGCAUUUUCACAAACACAAACACAUUUGAUAACUUUGCCUUUCAUCAUUCAAUACCAUGGCUGAAGCAAUUGUUUCGUUUGCCUUAGAGCAACUGGGUUCAAUUCUUUCUGAGCAGACGUCUGGCUUCAUCAGAAAACAAGUGAGCCUUGUUGGGGAUGUUGACGAAGAAGUAGAGAAGCUUACGCACAACCUUGAAGCCAUCCAAGCUGUGCUAUUUGAUGCAGAGCAAAAACAAAUGAAGGAUGCAGCUGUGAGACUAUGGUUACACCGUCUCAAAGACGUAUGCUAUGAGGUGGAAGAUGUGUUGGAUGAGUGGAAUACUGCAAUUUUGAAAUUGCAAAUUGAGGGAGGUCAGGAUCAUAAUGCUCUUGCUCCUAAGAAGAAGGUGUGUUGCUUCUUUCCCUCUCCUUGUUUUGGUUUCAAAGAAGUUGUUUUACGUCACGACAUUGCAGUUAAGAUAACUGAUAUAAAUAAGAAGCUAGAUAUUAUAGCCAAACAGAAAAGUGAUUAUAGUCUUAAUGUGAAAUUGGCUAAUGAGAAACCUGAUGAUCAACAAAUGCAAACUACUUCUUUUAUUGAUGUAUCUGAUAUAUAUGGUAGAGAUGAUGAGAAGAAUAAUUUAGUAAGCAAGUUAUUGUGUGAGGGUAGCAAACAAAACCUCCAUAUCAUCUCACUUGUAGGAAUGGGGGGAAUUGGAAAAACAACUCUUGCUCAAUUUGCCUACAAUAACAAUGAGGUGAAAAACAAUUUUGACAAAAGAACAUGGGUGUGUGUAUCAGAUCCUUUUGAUGAGUUUAGAGUUGCCAAAGCGAUCAUUGAGUCUCUCGAAGGUCAUACUCCUAAUGUAGCUGAAUUAGAAUCUCUUCUUCAACGUAUUUGUGACUCAAUUAAGAAUAAAAAAUUUUUGCUUAUUUUAGAUGAUGUGUGGACUGAAAAUGACAAGAAAUGGGAACCAUUCUAUCAUUGUUUAAAGAAUGGUUCUCAUGGAAGUAAAAUUUUAAUUACCACACGUAAAGAGUCGGUUGCAUGUAUGAUGAAUUCAAAUGAUAUUAUGAAUGUUGGUGAAUUGUCUUACGAUGAAAAUUGGUUAUUGUUUAGAAAACUAGCUCUUUCUGAGAGAUCUCCUCAUGAGUAUGAAAAUUUAGAAGAAAUUGGUAAGAAAAUAGUUUAUAAGUGCAAGGGGUUACCUCUUGCUACAAAAACUAUUGGGAGUCUCUUACGGUUAAAAAAAUAUAAAGAUCAAUGGGAACGUGUUUCAAGUAGUGAACUGUGGAAGUUGGAGAAUAUUGAAAAAGGUCUUUUAACCCCUUUGAUGUUGAGUUAUAAUGAUUUACCUCCAAUGGUAAAACAAUGUUUUAUAUAUUGCUCCAUAUUUCCAAAAGAUUAUGAGUAUAUGUUUAAAAAUCAAUUGAUUGAUUUUUGGAUGGCUCAAGGUUAUCUUGGGUUAGAAAAAAAUGGUGAGAAUGAGGAGAUAAUUGGUAAAGAGUAUUCUGACUAUUUACUGACAAGAUCUCUCUUACAAAAGGAUGAGAAUAAACCUUGGUGUUAUAAGAUGCAUGAUAUAGUGCACGAUUUUGCACAAUUUUUGGGUAACAAUGAAUGUUUAUCUGUAGAAGUCUAUGGUGUUGAAGACCCAAUUACAAACUCUUCUCAUGACAAAGUUCGUCAUCUAAUGUUAACUGUUGAUGGAGUUGGGCCUUCAUUUCCGGAAUCUACUUAUAGAUUAAAAUGGUUGCGUAGUCUAUUAUUUAGAUAUUAUACAACCGAAAGCUUGGCAAGUGAUGUUUUGGCAAGGUUGUUUACUGAAUUGACACGUUUACGGUUAUUAUAUUUGAAUGCUGCAUUUGAUUUUGAAGAGAUUCCAAAAGAGAUAGGAAAAUUGAUACAUUUAAGAGAUCUUACAUUAAAUGACCGACGUCGGGUACAUAAAAUAAAAGUACCUGAAAGUUUGUGUGAAUUACAUAAUUUACACACUUUCAUCUUAUGGAAUUGUUUUGUCGAAACAUUGCCUCAAGGGAUUGAAAAAUUGGUAAAUUUGAGGCGUCUGCGAUUUGAAACUUCUCAUCGUACACUACUUUACAUGCCAAAAGGGGUUGAGAAAUUAACAGGUCUUCGAAUAUUAAGUGAAUUCGUCAUACCAGGUGGUGGUGACCAUGGUAACAAAGCUUGUAGUUUUGAAGGACUGAAAAAUUUGAAUCGUCUCGAAGGGAGCCUUACAGUAAGAGGGUUGGGAAAUUUAACAGAUGUGAGCGAUGGUAAACUGACAAACGUAUUUAAGAACAAGGAAAAACUCGACCACUUGCGGUUGGAAUUUUAUACGAGUGAAGAAGAGGAGAGAUUAGGUGAGGAUGAUGAACUAAUACUCAAAACCUUACAACUGCCGCCAAAUUUAGAGGGUUUAUCGAUAUCCCGCUACAGAGGCAACGCAGUACCCUCCACUAAUUGGAUGACUUUAACCAAACUGAAGGUGUUAACACUUGGGGUUUGCUCCAACUGUCAGCAUUUGCAUCAUUUGGGAAAUUUGCCAUUCCUUGGAUUACUAGAUCUAACAGCAAUGUCCAGUGUGAAAAAAGUGGACGAUGAUUUUUGGGGAAUCGAAAGUGAGACCUCAUCAUCAUCUUCAUUGUGCGUUCACUUUCCGAAGUUGACAGAAUUCAGCUUUUGCGACACCAGAGAAUGGGAAGAAUGGGAUUGCAAGGUAGAGGAAUUCAUGCCAUGUCUUGCUAGCUUGAGUAUUGUAAGCUGCCCCAAGUUAAAGGCACUGCCAGACCGCCUUCUGCAGAGGACAACACUCAAGCAAUUGCAUUUUAGUGAAAGUCCUAUUCUAACUGAACGAUACAACAAGGAAACAGGAGAGGACUGGCCCAAGAUCUCUCACAUCCCUUAUAUCUGGAUCGAUGGUAAGUGUGUGCAAGAUGAGCAAUAACCAUCACUUGAGGAGCCACAGCCUCUGAAGAAAUUUCCAUUCUGGUUUCUGAUUGAGGUUAAUCUUGUACUCCCAAGGAAGCAAUGAAACAAGGAAACAGGGGAGGGGAAGGUUCACUUUAUAUGGUUACAAUGUAACCUGUUUGAUUUCUGCUUUGAUAUCCCAUGUCUUUGGGAAGAUUUGCGGUUUCCAUGUUCAUCAGUUAUUCUUUCCCCCAGACAAUGAUGGGCAAUGAGAAAAUAGAAUUGGAUACUGCUAGCUGCUACCUUUCCCGAUCAAUGGCAGUUUAUAAAUUAUGCAGCUUUUGUGUGAUGUAUAUUCUCCAACGAGAUUCUACUGAGGCUUGCUUUCCAUCUUCUGAGUUCAAUUUUCAUUGGAGUUUGUUGAACUUUGGUUGGCCUAAAUAGAUGCAUGUCUAAUCAACGGAGGAAUACUCGAUUAGGACUACUGCCCCAGGUUUCUUCAACUAGCACACUCCAAGGCUUAAAUGUUGAAAGAUGUUUUGAAUGGCUGAGAGAAAUGAGAUAUGCCCAUGCUUCAUAAGCCAAAACUUCCCUAAUUAGACAAACUGUGCUUCUCUCAUUAUUCUGCUGGGAAACUUCUGCAACAGGGUCCCUGACUCAGAUCCUGCUGCUGGUCUUCUGAUUCUGCCUUAUUUUUCUUGCAUGCUUGUCCAGCGAAUUUCUUCUGGGAACCAUAUUUCUGCAACUGGACGGUCUCUAAUCUACCUUUCCCCUUCGGAACUGGUUGCAAUUUUUGUAGGAUGGAGCAGACCUGGUUGGGCAGGAAGGACUGCAGGAUUUCUCCCAGCACUGGAGACUAGCACAACUUCAGUUUCUGCACUCCCUUGCACUUUGCAGGUUCUGUCAUCCCCAGCUACCGCCAAAUUUAAAGGAUUUAUCAAUAUCCCACUACAGAGGCAACACAGUACCCUCCACUAAUUGGAUGACUUUAACCAAACUGGAGGUGUUAAGACUUGAGGGUUGCUCCAACUGUAAGCAUUUGCAUCAUUUGGGAAAUUUGCCAUUCCUUGAAUUACUAGAUCUGGAAGGAAUGUCCCGUGUGAAAAAAGUGGACGAUGAUUUUUGGGGAAUCGAAAGUGAGACCUCAUCAUCAUCUUCAUUGUGCGUUCACUUUCCCAAGUUGACAGAAUUGAGAUUUAGUGGCAUGAGAGAAUGGGAACAAUGGGAUUGCAAAGUAGAGGAAUUCAUGCCAUGUCUUGCUGUAUUGUUUCUUGCAAGCUGCCCUAAGCUAAAGGCACUGCCAGACCGCCUUCUGCAGAUGACAACACUCAAGCGAUUGGAUUUUAGUGGAAGUCCUAUUCGAACUGAACGAUACAACAAGGAAACAGAAGAGGGCUGGCCCAAGAUCUCGCACAUCCGUUAUAUCGAGAUCUAUUGUAGGCAUGUGCAACGUGAGCAAUAACCAUCACCCUAGAAGCCACAGCCUCUGAAGAAAUUUCCAUUCUGGUUUCUGAUUGAGGCUAAUCUUGUACUCCCAAGGAAGCAAUGAAACAAGUAAACAGGUUAUUGGGGAGGGGGAGGUUCACUUUAUAUGGUUACAAUGUAACCUGUUCGAUUUCUGCUUUGAUAUCCCAUAUUUGCAGUUUCCAUCCUCAUCAGUUAUUCUUUCACCCCAACAAUGAUGGGAGAUGAAAAAAUAGAAUUGGAUACUGCUACCUGCUACCUUUCCCGAUCAAUGGCAGCUAUGGUUUUUAAAAAGAUCAUUCAAAAAUCAAACUUUUAAAAUCCACACAUGUUACAUUUAUUUGUAUACUGAUAGUUGUUGUCUCUUACAGUUUAUAAAUUAUGCAGCUUUUCUGUGAUGUAUAUUCUCCAAUUAGAUUCUAUUGAGGCUUGCUUUCCAUCUUCUAGUUCAAUUUUCAUUGGAGUUUGUUGAACUUUGGUUGGCCUAAAUAGAUGCAUGUCUAAUCAGCCGAGGAAUACUCGAUUAGGACUACUGCCCCAAAUUUCUUCAACCAGAACACUCCAAGUCUUAAAUGUUGAAAGGUGUUUUGAAUCGCUGAGAGAAAUGAGGAUGGAACUGGGAAACUUCUGCGACAGGGCCCCUGCCUCAGGUCCUGCUGCUGGCCUUCUGAUUCUGCCUCAUUUUUUCUUGCAUGCUUGUCCAGCGAAUUUCUUCUGGGAACCGUAUUUCGGCAACUCAAAGGUCUUUGAUCUACCUUUCCCCUUCAGAACUGGUUGCAAUUUUUGUAGGGUGGAGCAGACCUGGUUGGGCAGUAAGGACUGCAGUAAAAAAAUUUUGCUUAUUUUAGAUGAUGUGUGGAUUGAUAUUGACAAGAAAUGGGAACCGUUCUAUAAUUGUUUAAAGAAUGGUCGUUGCGGAAGUAAAAUAUUAGUUACUACACGUAAUGAAUUGGUUGCACGUAUGAUGAAUUCAAAUGAUAGUAUACCUGUCGGUCAAUUACCUUA